AGUGCUCUGAGAAGUCAGAAGGAGGAACCUCUCCAGCUUUGAGGAGCCAGUCGAUCAGGAGCACGCACAGCUAGAGGAGAGGAGUGGGAAAGGGGGAGAGAAAACACCAACAUUGGCUGCUGAGGAUGCACUGGCAGGCAAGAAACGCUCCCCAUGACCACACCUAGGCUGGAGGUGGGCCAUGAAAGCAGGAGCCGACAUGAAUAUUGGGAAGACUGUGUGUGUUUUUGUGCUGCUCACCAUCACCACGGUCACAAGAACAGCAGGGAACAAGAGAGUGUCAGUGACAGUAGGUAAUAGCUCUGUGCUCACCUGCCCUCCCAAAUCAAAUAGAACUAUGGUAACAUGGAAAAUCAGCCCCAGGGUUGGAGGCCCCUGCACCUUGGGAUACAGGACUGAUCAGAACAAGACAGACAGAACCAACUGCAGUGACAGCAUGAACUGGAAGUUCAGACCAGAUCAGGAUCCUGCCCUUGAAAUACGACAAGUGGAAAUAGCCCAUGAGGGAAAUUACAUCUGUGAAGUAGUAUCAACAGAAGGGAAUUUCCACACGACGUACCACCUGACCGUGCUGGUCCCCCCCAGGCUGACCCUGUACUGCGAUGACCAUGGGAAUCCCGUGUGCGAGGCAGUGGCAGGGAAGCCGGCUGCUCGGAUCUCCUGGGUCCUGGAGAGCAGCUUCACCCCCAGGGAAGAAGGCCAUGACAACGGGACAGUGACUGUUGUCAGCAAGUUCACAGCAUAUAGCAGCAACGUGACUAAUACAACCUGCUUUGUGUCCCACCCAGCUGGGAACCAGAGCAACUCAAUAGUCUGCCGUCCCUCAGAGAACAGCUUUAUCCUGCAUGCCUCCAUCAUUCUUUGUUUCCUGAGCGUUUUCACCUUCAUGGCUGUCAUUUACUAUUUCAAGCUCCAUGGCAGCAGACCGUGCCACAAAACCAAACCUUCUGAAACUGCCCAAAACAGGCAAACCCUACAGGUAAGGAGAACAAGGCAAAUUAGACCAUCGAGGAAUCACGGAUCUUCUGGUAGCCCUGAAAACAUGGAUGACACAAUGGAAGUGGAACCUUAUACUACUUAUGUGCAGAAGGAAAACAUAAUUUACAACUCGGUGUCUGAUCUGACAGUGGGGCAGAGUCUUCCACAAGGGCUGUCGUCGGCAACAUGAAUGAUUCAACAACACUGGAAAGGGAGAGAGACACUUUAUAAAAGACUGGUUAUAGAAAGAAACUUCUCAGAGGAUUUCUUUGGAUUUUGGGGCAACAUAGCUCCCUAGGUCUGUUCAGAUACCUGUGCUUGCUGAUGAGUUGGUAUAGUUCUUUUUCCCUGCUUGGGAAAGGAAACAGGUUUCCUGUUACUCCUUGGGAAAAUGUGACUGACUCCACGCCAUAAUUUUUCCUGGAAAAGCUGUUGUGAUCUUCCCUUUGCUGUUCUUGCCUUGGAGAGCCUAGGUUUAUCAGUCACUUCUAGGCAUUACUUUGAUGCAUUUGACACUAUAUUGCACACAUUUGGGAGAUGGGAGAAGUGUUAUGUCUGAACUAAAAUGAAACACUUGCCCAUCAACAGCCACUUCUUGCUAGUUCACAAAUUACUAACAUAGUGGGCUGAGUACUGAUCAUCACAGAAUAGCUCAAAUGGUGGAAGAUAUUGGUAGGGAAGAC